AUGGUCCAAGCGCAAGUGUACGACGUCGACGGGAAUAUCGUCCUAGCCAAUGUUUUCCUGGAUGAAGGGAGCGACAGCACUCUCUUCCGAGAAGGUUUCAUCCGGAAGCUGAGAUUAGAUGGGACACCACACACGCUCUCAGUCGACGGUGCCGGAGGCGUGAGAAGUAAAUAUGCAUCCAGACGUGUACAAGUACGACUCCGUUUGUUCGAUGGAGAAGAAGAAACACUGAAGGGUUCUACCCUACCUACAGUGGCGAGUCCAGCUCCUGUGCUGGAAUGGAGUGCACUGAAACAGAGGUGUAAACAUCUCCAAGACCUUCCGUUGCAGCCAAGCGGAGGGAGAGUUGAUAUUCUGUUGGGGAGUGAUCAAGCUCACUUCACGACUGCCCUGGAAUCCCGAAUCGGCAAGAAGUUCGAGCCAACUGCAAUACUUACACGAUUGGGUUGGAUCGUACGUGGAGUACUCGGAAGUGGACUCCUGGAAGCAGUAGUCAAGAGCCAUGCCAUUUUCGCAGCAGACGAGGACGUAGACGUUCUAGUUCAGCAGAUGAAACGAUUCUGUGACAGUGAAGAAUUCGGCACCGAACACCAGAUUCCCGGCAUGUCCGAGUCGGAGAAACAAGCAGUGCAGAUACUGAAGGCAGGCACCCGAAUAUUGGACGUGGGAUACGAGGUCCCUAUUACGUGGAAAACCGGGGAGCCGAACCUUUCGAAUAACCGAAGUCUGGCAGAGAAAAGAAUGAAAUCUCUGCUACGCCGAUUCUACGAAGACCCCAUAUUUGAAGAAGACUAUCGCCAGGCGAUGGAGAAGAAUUUUAAGAUGGGAUAUGCGGUCUACGUCGAAGAUCCAUCCGAUAGUCAGCCGGAAUAUUACCUAGCUCAUCACGGAGUGAAAAAGGGUAAAAAAUGGCGAGUCGUUUUCGACGCCGCAGCAAAAUUCAAUGGAAGAUGUUUGAACGACAGCAUCCUCAGCGGUCCAGCGCUACAGAAUUCGUUAACGUCCGUCAUCAUCAAAUUUCGUGAGGGAGAAAUCGCUUGGGCAUCCGACGUAGAGGCGAUGUUCAGUCGCAUCCGUCUUAGGACCGAAGACUCACGUUAUUUUCGUUUUCUGUGGAACCAAAGAGGGGAGACGGAAUCGCGAGUAUGUGAGAUGCGGAGACUACCGUUUGGGGCCACCUGUUCCCCAUUUAUUGCAAUCGCCACUACUCGAAGAGCAGCAGCUGAUUUUGCCGGACCCUCGUUCGUGUCCAAAGCCAUUGAACACAAGAUGUACGUGGACGAUUAUUUGAGUUCAGCGAAGACAAUCCACCUUGCCAUUCAAGAAGCGACUGGAGUUCAAGAGGCGUUGGCGGCAGGUGAUCUAAAUCUCCAAGGAUGGAUCUCAAAUUCCGUUGAGUUCUUGAACCUGCUGUCCGUCGACGUCAAAGCUAGUCUCGUUGAAGAACGUUCCCUUGACGGAGAUCAUGAAGAAAAGGUGCUUGGGGUAUACUGGAAUCCUACUACCGACGUGCUCACUUUUAAAGUGAGUGGCUUAGAUACGGUGGUCCUUACGCGAGUUGGAUUAGCCAGCAAAACGGCGAGCUUAUUCGAUCCGCAGGGGAUGGCCGCUCCCAUGACACUAAAGGCGAAGGUAAAACUCCGAGAGCUUCAGAUCCAAGGGCUUCAAUGGACCGACGAGGUGACCGGAGAGGCAGAGCAGUGGUGGAAGAAAUGGUUCGAGACAUUGAAGCAGCUCAACGACUUAGAAAUUCCACGUUGUCUAUUCGAGAGGGAAGAUUUCAUCGUUCGGACGGAGUUGCACAGUUUCGGAGACGCUUCAGAAGAGGCGUACGCUGCAGUGGUUUACCUGAGAAACGUGUACGUCGAUGGAACGGUGUUAGUCCGACAUGUACGAGCGUCGACAAAGCUGGCUCCGAAAAAGACGAUUUCCAUCCCUAAACUCGAAUUGAACGCAGCCUUGCUGGCGGCUAGAUUGGUGCGUACCGUACAAAUGGCUCUCACUCGUACCAUUCACGCACGUUAUUUGUGGACGGACAGCAGUACCGUUCGAAACUGGAUCAGAGCAACUGCAUCCAAAUACCAAGUGUACGUCAGUCACCGUAUAGGCGAGAUUCAAACGUUGACAGAGCCACAGGAGUGGAGGUUUCUGCCAGGUCGGAUUAAUCCGGCAGACGUUGCGACCCGUUCCACGCUCGGAGAAGAGAUCUUUCCGUCUUACUGGUGGUGUGGCGUAGAAUUCCUACAACAUCCCGAAGAUCGUUGGCCAGCUGAUCUGCCCUGGAUGGUGGAGGUUGAAGAGAUUCGGCCGGUUCGUGCUAACGUGGUCCAGUGCGAAUCGUCGGCGCUUGACUGGGAGAAGAUGAAGAUUACAGUUGAGAAGAUCCCAGCGUUGGUGAAGCUGCAAGACCCCUUCCUCGAACUUGUACGACGGUGUCAAGAGGAGGUGUAUUCUGCAGAGCUUAGUUGUCUACAGAAAGGAAAGUGGAUCCCUUCCACCUCAAGUCUGUUAACGUUAUCACCGAUACUCGGAAAGGACGGAUUAAUUCGGCUAGGGGGUAGAGCUGGACGCGCUCAACUGCCUUACGAAGAAAUUCAUCCUCCUGUACUCCCAGCAGGACAUAAGUUUAUCGUGAACGUUGUCAGGGCUUUCCACUUGAUGCUCAAACACGUCGGGACUGACUACCAAAUUAGUUUCAUUAGACAACACUUUUGGAUUCCCCGCGGUCGGGAAUUAGUCAAGAAGGUUCGUCGGGAAUACACCGUUUGUCGAAGAGAGCGAGCCAAGCCGGGUGAGCAGCUCAUGGCGGAACUUCACAGAUCACGUUUGGAAGCAGGAACCCCGCCUUUCACCCGAACAGCUUGUGAUCUGUUCGGUCCACUGGACGUAGGCCUGUCUAGAAAUAGAACCGCCAAAAGAUGGGGAGUUCUAUUUACGUGCCUGGUAACCCGCGCCGUUUAUUUGGAGUUGGUGACGUCUUUAUCUUCAGAUGAUUUCCUCCUCAUCUUACGUCGAUUCAUUGGUCUGUAUGGUCAACUCGGAGUUUUCCAUACUGACAACGGGACCAAUUUCGUAGGAGCAGAACGUGAACUGAGAGAAGCAGCUGAAGCCCUAUUCGCCGAUCCAAAGUUAGCAGAUUUCAUCCGGAGCAAGCCGAUGAAAUGGAAAUUCCAACCUCCCAGAACGCCACACUUCGGCGGGGCUCACGAAUCCCUCGUUAAGUCGACUAAAAGGGCACUCUACCGAGCGUUAGAUGCAGAGAAAUUAAAGUUGCAGUAUCCGUCUGAAGAAACGUUACGUACUUUAUUAUACGAAGUAGCCGGCUUAUUGAAUGGGCGACCGCUGACAGCCGCGAGCAAUGAUCCAGCCGAUUUCCGACCGUUAACUCCGGCCGACUUUCUGAACCGGGUCAAGACGGCGUGCCCACCCGUCGGCCACUUUGAGGACGCCCUACCUCGAGAGAGAUACAGAUACUUGCAACGUGUACUCAAUCUGUUUUGGGACAUUUGGAAGAAAGUUUAUUUGCAGUCUUUGAUUUCCCGUUCCAAAUGGAAGAACCCGAAACCUAAUUUCGCUGUUGGAGAUGUGGUACUCGAAAUCGACAGCUCUUUGAGAAGAAGCCAGUGGAAUCUUGGAAGGGUUACGAAAACCUAUCCCGGAGCUGACGGAUUAGUUCGUGUCGUGGACGUUCAAUUUGAGAGAGGCCUAUUUCGACGAGGAAUUGGACAGCUAGCUCUGCUGGAGACCGGCUCAUCCGCUGGAUCGCCCUAA